GAGUGUGCUUUUGGUGUGCACCGAAACGCGCGUUGUAUGCGUUGAACUUGCGAACUGGCAAGCGGCCGGUGCCAGUCACCUCUGAAUAAGUGAAGAAGGAAUCAAAACAAAAGAAAAGAAAAUCAUGUUUUUACACACCACUGCAAGGCGUGGAGCCAAGAAACUAUGAAGUUGUAUAGGAAAUUAUUCGCAGUUUGUUUUUAUAUGCACAUUCGUAUUUAUACUCGUAGCGCAACGGCGAACAAUCACUUCAACAAGCACGCCACCCCCCAGCUCAAAUCCAUUCAACCACUUCCAACCUUCUCAUCCACUGGUAUUUUGCAGCGCGCAUAUCGCGCAUCCCACAAGCAUUCGAAGAUUAAAAAGUUCGAAUUUCGAAGAACACUCGCUCCACGAAACCAUUGCCAUUAGCUGUGCGUAUCCAGCAAGCACUGGACACUGCGUUUUCAAAGCAUCAGCAAACACAACAGCUACGUGUAGAAGUCAGUACGUGACCGCAACUCGAAGUGAGAAGUAGUGGAAAAGUGAGAAACGCAUCGCAAAUACAGCUCAAUGUAAAAUCAGUGUUUGUGUGUGUGUUUGUAUGUGAGCGCUUUUGCAACCCCAAAAACGCGCAUAAAACCACUUUUGGCUCCGCUUGGUAUACACAGGCUAAAAUACGGGCUGACUUGGAAUUCGUUGGGCAGACAAAGCAGACUUUAAUUUGCAAGAAAUGUAUUUUAAAGCAAGCAAACACACAUAACGGGCCAGACAAGUGUAAAUAGGAAGUGAAUAAUAAGGAAAAAUAUUUUACAAAUUCUGAAAAGUAUCCGCACAAAAAUGGCAGAUGCUAGAGGACAAUAUCAGAAAUUGCCACCCGGUUGGGAUUGUAAAUAUGAUCAAGCAACAGGAAACUGUUACUAUGUAAAUUAUUUUACCAAGGCGAUGCAGUUGGAGGAUCCGCGUGCGCGUUACAAACAGUUGCAGAAUGAGCGCUGCUCCACCGAAUCCAUAGCAAUGCAGCCAGUGCAUGGCUCACCCUAUCAUGUGUAUCCAAGCAACAAUUUGCCAGCAAUGCGUGCUUUUCAGGCCGGCCCUGGCACCAACACAAGUUUGCAUAACAUGUCCUCCAGUCCUUUGCUGUCUUCGCGUGGAAAUUUGGAAAUAUCACCGCUGCCAUUGCCGCGCUCAUUAUUGACGCAGACGCCGCGCUUAGGUAAUAUGUCACGCCGUUCAACCAUACAGGAGACUUCCUUUACAAACCCCAUAGACACGGAUGCGGUUGUAAAUAAAAUACAAAACAUGUUUCCCACCGCUAGCGAGGAUCAUAUACGGCUGUUACUUAAAAAGUAUUACAAUCGCGAGGCAGUCGUCAUAAGCGCUUUGCAAGUGGAGAAGCAUCCGGUCACCAUGCCUGGCCCGUAUGUAACACCGCCGGCCCAACGCCAUCUAUACCAUAGCAAUUCAGCUUUUCAUAUGACACCACCAGCGCGCCGCCUGGAUAGGGGCAUGUCUUCACGAAAUGUUGCACAUUUUGGCGGUGUAAAUGGUAGUGCCACUGCUGCUAGUUGCACCACGCGCACCGGUACUCCCACUCCGGGCGGACGUUUUGGUAGUGUCACGAGCGUACAUGGUGGCGUUGGUGGCGGUGGAGGGGGCGGUUAUAUGGCUGCAGCUGCUGCAGCGGCUAUGCCGUUCCAUCAGGGUUCGCCGCGUUUCGAACAGUGGCGUAGUUCACCAAAACCGCAUUCGUCACCGAAGAUGAAAUUGAGAUACAUGAAAACCAUUUUCCCCAAAGCCGAUGAAAUGGUACUGCUAGACAUACUAGCCAGCUCCGAUAACAAUGUACAAACCGCAUCUGAGAAACUUAUUUCUAUGGGUUAUACCAAACGUGAUUUUAUACCACCAAAAACCACACAUCGCUUCGACGCGGCUAAGAAACCCGGCAAUGAGACAAUCAUACCGUUACGCCCGAAGGAGUACACGACCGAGGAAAAAGCAACUAUACACGCCCAGCUGAAGGAGAAAUAUCCACAGAUCGCUGAACGCAUAAUCCUCAUGGCAUUAGAGUCGGUCAACUAUGCUGAAGAUCGUGCCGUGCAAAUUCUCCAUAUUGUGCAGGAAGAGGAUGAGUUGCAGGCCAAGAAACAUUCUGCUGAGGCCGCUGUGUUGACUACUGCUGAUGCAGCAGGAGAACCGGAGCUGGUUUUAGGCACGAGUGAGAUGCGUGCAUUGGUUGAUGACGGCGUAGCUGAGGAUGGCAUCAUCACUGUUGUCCUCAAAACACCAUUAAACAACUACAACGAGGACAUCAAAAAUCGUCAUAGUGCUUGUGCAAAAGAUAUCCCACAAACAGCCAUAUCAUCAACAACAUCACCAUUAACUUCAUCAUCAACAACGUCAUCGCCAUCGUCAUCAUCAUCACCAUCAACAUCAGUACCGCAAACUUCACUUACAUCCAGUACCUUGAAAUCCUCUACAAAAAUCACUUCAGCCCGAAACAUGCGCAAAAAGAUUGCGUUUCCUUCCAUAAACCUCACCACGCCCACUGCGGCCUCCACUCAGAUUAUACUUUCCAAUUCACCCAUUUGCUAUGAAAGCAGCGCGCAAGAACAGGCCCCGGCAAGCGAUACUGUUGAUGCAGACACAGCUUCCAAAUCGGCUACUUCCAUGUCACCGUCCAAAGCACUCAAAGAGCUUCACAUAUCACACGAUUUCUCAUCAGCAUCGUCAUCUGUGCCAUCAUCGUUGACGCCAAGCUCUGGAAAAUAUCAAACGAUAACCACAAAGAGUAUUCUGUCACGUAGCAAUCUGUAUGCCACUGGCAUCCAAGGAUAUCUGCAUGGCAAACCAUGUUGCACCGCAAACUCAACCUCAACCACAGCCACAGCCUCCGCCUUCACCACGAAAACUUCAGCUUCUAUUUUGGAAAACUUGAAAUUGACGCGCUUACGCGAAAAACACGACUCACUAAAAGCUUUGCAACAAGCUUCCGCCGAUGAAGGGGCCAAUUUCAAGCAGCGUCAGGAGUUUAAGUCGAUUAUAGAACGUAUCGCCACAACCGGACAUUGCGCAGAUUUGGCCAAAGGCGCGGAUGAGAGUUUAUUGCUCGCUGACUAUGUGACUUGGAAUGGUGCUAAUCCAGACAUGCCGCAGGGCAACAAUCAAAGGCAGUUGGUGCAUGGUCCAGAUGUCGGCAAGUUGAAUGAGUGCAAGUAUAAGGCGGUUGGACGUAAUGCGGAGCUUUGCAAAGGUGCACAAAAGGGUUUGGCUAAAGGCAGCAUCUACGCACAACUCGCUGCAACUGGCAAUACGAAUACAGCGAACAUUAAAUGCAAUUAGAAGGGCUUGAGAAAGCCACGCACUCGAAUAGCGAAGCAAGGAUAAGGAUAUUUAUUAUAUGUAUGGCUCUGAUAACACCCUACAAGACAGUGCUGAGCAUUUUCGACAAAAAUUCCAACACAUGUACACGUAUUUUAUUAGUCUCUAAUGCAUGCGCAUUAUCAGAAUGGCAUAUACAACGUUUUUUAAUGGGGAAAUCAAAUAUUUCAUUUGAUAUUCCUUUCCCCUUGUCGGCGUGAAUUCUAUCUCUCUUUUACCCAUAGCAAUUUCAUAUAAAUGAAAAAUAUAUCGACUGCAACUCAUUUGUAUGCUUACAAUGUGGCUGCUUUGAAAAAGGUACUAGUGUGAAAUUUGGCUGUGUUU